GGCACUGAUCCUCAUCCCGGCCGCUUCACACUCGGCUGCGAACCGCUCCAGCGAGAGCUGCAGAUCAUGACCUGAUGAAGCCAAAAGGACCACAUUGUCUGCAAAGAGCAGAGAUAAGAUCCUAAGGCCACCAAACUGGAUCCCCUCAACACCUUGGCUGGUCUAGAGAUUCUGUCCAUGAAAGUAAUGAACAGAAUCGGUGACAAAGGACAGCACUGGCGGUAAAGAGUGUUGGUGCUGUACUGCUUCCCCCUUGUGAGAUGCCUGACUCCAGGGUGGGACCCCGGUGACCCGGGCGAGGGAACACUGAACCCACGACUCUCAUAAGGGGUCUUGAGGUCUGUCUGGUUCCUCUCCUAGGACCUGACUGCCUGGGGUGACCUUCCCAGGGUCAUGAAGCCCCAGACAGCAGAGCUCCUAGGGUCACUGGGACACUGAAACCCCUCCACCACAAUAAUGUGGCAGCCAAUGGAGGGUAAAAUAUACAAAUAUAGAUGUUAAAUAUUCCUAGUGUUAAUUGUAUUAACAUUUUAGUGCUAUUUUCAAAAUAGAAACAAAAUGUAACAAACAGUUGAGAGAAAAGUUAACCUGAGUUUCUUUGGCAGAAACAAAAAAUGUUGUCAUAAUAAUUAAGAGUCCAGCAGUGAUCAGUUAUGGUGAGGUAACCGUAUGCAGGAGGAAGGUGGCCCUCCUCAUCCUCCUGCAUCAGAGCCGCCAUGACACCUGACCAAAACGGACCCAAAGGCCCUUACAUGUAUUUUAUUUAUUCACCAAUUAAAUAAAUCUAAUUUUACAUUAAAUUCUUUAGUAACAGCUUCUGCCGUGUGUGAAGAUCAUCAUAAGCAAGCAAAGAGUUUUGUUCUGAUAAAGAACCGUUCAAAGGAAUCAGGUUGUCAACAUCUAUCUGGGUGGAGUUUGUUCUCCCUUUUCAUGUGGGGAUUUUCUCCAGGUACUCUGACUUCCUUCUAGCUCAAAGUUACAUGGAGGCUUUAAAUAGUCUCAGACUUUUGCCUCUGGUCCUGGGAAGCCUGAAGGAACACCCACGGCACCAUGCAGGGGGCUAAUAACUGUAGAAAGAACGAUGCUAGCUGAGAAGGUGAGUCCAAAGAGAAGUUAGGUGACUGAUGGUUCUGAUGAGAACAAGCAGAACCAGGCAACGUUCCUGAUGACAGAUCGGCCUUCAGCUGCAGGGAAUCUCCAGUCCAUCCAUGAAGACUGUAGAGGAACUGGCACUGACGUAUCUGUCUGUGUUUUCAGCUCCAUGUGGAGACAACAUGUAUGAUGAAGAUGGGAAGAAGCUUCCUCCAUGUAUUCCUGGAGCCUGGCUGACCCCGGCCAUCAUGGCGUGUUACCUGCUGGUGGCCAACAUCCUCCUGGUCAACCUGCUCAUUGCCGUCUUCAAGUUAGUUUACACUUCAACAGGAUCUACAGACAGAUCAGUUCCUGGUUUUCAGCAGAACGCUGCUUUCAGUCAGACCUGAUGCUUUAAUAUGGAGCAGAAAUAUGUCCGACGCAUUUCCAGACACUGCUGCUAUCGCAACCGUCUCUUCCACAGCAACACCUUCUUUGAGGUGAAGUCCAUCUCCAACCAGGUGUGGAAGUUCCAGCGGUACCAGCUGAUCAUGACCUUCCACGACCGCCCCAUCCUGCCGCCGCCCCUCAUUGUCUUCCCCCACAUCUACAUCGCCCUGAAGAGGCUGUGCUGCACCUGCAGGCGAAAGCCGGAGGGGGAGCGGGACGACCGCGCGCGCCGGCUCCAGCUGGUUCUGAACGCAGAAGAGAUAAAGAGUCUGUACGAGUUCGAGGAGCAAUGUGUGGAGGAAUACUUUAGAGAGAAAGAAGACGAGAAGCAGUCCUCCAACAACGAGCGAAUCAGAGUCACAGCUGAGAGGGUGGAGAACAUGGCAAUGCGGCUGGAGGAGGUGAACGAGCGGCAGCGCUCCAUGAAGGCGUCGCUGCAGACGGUGGACCUGCGCCUGGCCCAGUUGGAGGAUUUCUCCGGCCGGAUGAUGAACGCCCUGGAGAAGUUGGCCGGAGUGGACCGGGCCGAGCUGGUCCGGUCUCGCUCCGGGGGCUCGUCGGUGUUCGAGCCGCCCGGCCCAAUGCGGCGCAGCAGCGUCGGCAGUGUCGACGGCUGCAGCCUGUACCGGUACCAGCUGGACCACGACGACCAGACGGACGCCGAGGAGAGGAGAGUCCGUCCAGAGAGAGAAACGGCGAAUUCCACGGGAGCAAAACCAGCAGGUACGGAAACAUGACGAUGCCACAUUUAUGGAUUUAUUUAGGCCUCCACAGAACAGCUGGACAAAAAGAUCUAAACAAAACAAAACAAAGAGUUGAUACAUAAAAUGAUAAAAACUAAAAUGGUGAAUGGACUGAACUUCUACAAUGCUUUCAAAUCAUUUUGACCACUGAAAGUUCUUUACUCUAGAGUCACAUUCGAUACACAGAUCGGUGAACAGCCUGGGGCUCAGCAGCACAUCAGCAUGUAACAGGAUAAAGCAGGAAUUGAACCAACAACCUUCCAAUCACAAGGCAACUGCUCUACACACACAAGGUUCUUAAAGAGAAAAUCAGAGAAACUAAAAGUCCAAGCAACAAGGAAUCAUCAGGUGUCACUGUUGCUAUGGGAUACACAGCUUGGUGUGUUCCCAAUUCCUCCCGGUUCCCCCUGGUUUUUACUGAAUUUAGUUAACUAACCCUUACCCCUUGG